AUGUCUUCGGUGAUUACGCUGGAUGUUGAAGGCGUGUUUUUCAAAACGCGAAUCUCCACGCUCAUUUCCAUCGAUGGCACCUAUUUUUCGAGAUUGUUUUGUGGGAAUUGGAAAGAUCAAUUGGAUCGGGAGGGCCGUUUAUUCAUUGAUCGUGAUGCUUCCAUAUUCCCCGUCAUUCUCAAUUUUCUCAGGGACCAUGAAAAAUGCCCACUUCCCAAGGAUGAGUACCAUUUGCAGCGAAUUCUUCGCGAAGCAGUCUUCUUCAACAUUCUUCCGUUGAAGGUGAUAAUAGAGCAGCGUCUAAGAGUUGAAUGCACUUGCGAGAAGCUUCAAAACGAAAACAUUCCGAUUCCGAAGCCACCGCACACGAAACCUCCGCCUCCACCGCCACCCGCACAAGUAACCGUGACCGAUGUUCAAGUGCCAAUGCGAAAAACCGCGCAGAAGAAAAAUUCCGUAAAAAAAUCGGCCGAAUCGAUAAGUUUGCCGAAGAAUUUCACACAUAUCGCGCACGUUGGCUGGAACGGCGAAUCGGUUAUGUUCAACAAGAAGUUGUCCGAUGAUCAGACGGUGAAGAAAAUCUGCGACGCCGCCGCCGAAGCUGUCGACAUGAAUGCCGUCUAUAAUGUGGUCAAUCGCGGAAACAACAAUCAAAGCGAGAGUGUAGAGGUUCUCAUCACCGGCGGAGUAAUGCAGUCAAAAGAUGGAACUUCAAGGCUAUAA